AGGCUUCAGUCACACUAACAUCUACCUUGAGGUCACUGGUUAAUGGCUGGAUAAAGGGGACCCAUUGGAGAAAGGCUAUUUUUUACCCAAUAGUAUCAGUGUAUGGGCACUGGACCAACUGAUUGUUUCUCUUUAAUUGCAGGGCUCCACAAGGUUUUUAUAAGGCCCUCUGUGACUAUGUUGAGCAGGAUGUGCUUAAGGAUGCUGAACACAUAAAUUCCUCAUCAGUGGACAUGUUGCAGCUGCGGCUCUUGCUCAGUUUACUCACCAAAGGCCUCAGCAGCGAGCUAAUCCAGACAAUGUCUGCACUGGAGACAUCUCAGAGUCUGCUUGACAACCAGCCAGCCCCUGGAGGGAGCGUGCAGAAUCAGAUUGCUUCUGAUGGGAGUGUCGGAAGAUUGCUCUCAACAGCUGAAGAACUGAGCAGAAUGCUCUCAACCAUUGAGAACCAGGUGAAAGAUUUCGAGCCAGAGUCUCCGGACACAGAUGCUGAAGGUCAACACUCUGAAAUUGCACCUGUAACCUUUGAGGUGAAAUUGGAUAGUUUUGGAAUCUUCAUGAAACUCCAUUUGAAGGUGGACAUAGAACAUGGGAAGUUAAUUGUGAAGAAAUCAAAGGAUGGGCCAGAAGACAAAUUUUACAGUCACAACAGAAUUUUGCAGUUAAUCAAAUCACACAAGUUCCCGAACAAAUUGGUGAUCAUGAUCGAUUCCGAGAUGAAGAAAACACAACGGAAGGAGUACGUUUUCACUGACUCCAAGAAACGGGAAGGGUUCUGCCAACUGUUGCAGCUGAUGAAGAAUAAACAUUCAGACUUCCCAGAACCCGACAUGAUCAACGUCUUCAUUGGAACCUGGAACAUGGGUAAUGCCUCACCGCCAGCGGACAUACGGUCGUGGUUCCUUUGCCGAGGCCAGGGGAAAACGCAGGAUGACACAGCUGUGGACAUCCCCCAUGAUAUUUACAUCAUCGGCACACAGGAAGACACACAGGGAGAGAAGGAGUGGGUGGAGUUGAUCAAAUCCACAUUAAAGGACAUCACCUACAUAAAGUUUAAACAUGUAAAAUGCUGGGAUGCAAGCAAAAGAUUAAUGACAUGA